AAGGGGGACCUUGGGGAAUAGGGACAAGGAAGGUGUGACGGGGGACCUUGGGGAGGAGGGGACAAGGAAGGUGUGAAGGGGGACCUUGGGGAGGAGGGGACAAGGAAGGUGUGAAGGGGGACCUUGGGGAGGAGGGGACAAGGAAGGUGUGAAGGGGGACCUUGGGGAGGAGGGGACAAGGAAGGUGUGAAGGGGGACCUUGGGGAGGAGGGGACAAGGAAGGUGUGAAGGGGGACCUUGGGGAGGAGGGGAAAAGGAAGGUGUGAAGGGGGGCCUUGGGGAGGAGGGGUUUAUACUUAAUUAUAUCAACUCUGAUGUAUCAAGCUUUGAUAGCUAUCAAAAUAAGUCACUUAUAUCAACUUUAUCUGCAAUGUGGGCCCUCUUGCAGAAUAUUGAUUUUUUCCUUGUCCUUUUCUUGGUAACUCGGAGGAGACAAAAUUGAUCUGUUGCCUCAAUAACAAUGCCUACAAAUUGUGACCCCUAUCUUUCCAUUCCUCUUCUUGUCUUGUUAGCCUGUUGUCCGAAUAAUGUUACCAAGCGGGAUGUCGUGUUUACCUGUUAUAACAUCUAGGUGACAACACCCUAAAAUCACCCCGAGUAGCCUCCUUCAUUAUGGUCACUGCUCAGUUGUCCUUUGUACCAGCAUCAGUGGGCACAUUCUUCUGUCAUUGUAUGACCUCAGUUAUUGUCAUAUGACCUAAGCUGUCAUGUGAUCUCAGCUAUUGUCAUAUGACCUAAGCUGUCAUGUGACCUCAGCUGAUGUCAUAUGAAAUCAGCUGUCAUCAUGUGACCUUAGCUGUUUCAUAUGACUUGAACUAUAGUUGUAUAACCUCGCUGUUAUCAUACAACUUCAGCUGUUGCAAAGACGUAGAAAUCCCAAAGAAGCAAUCUAGUUUUGUAUCUAUAAUUAUCGUAGAUGAUAUCAGAUUAUGCCUGUGAUUGGAUAUGAUAGUGUCAAUGUCAGUUAACACACAAAACUACUUUCAAUUUUCAAACAUUUAAAAAAGAUUCAGAAAAUGUGAUUAUUUUGUAUACUGAAGCUUGAUACAACACUUCACUAAUUGAUGCUACAAUGUUUUUUAAGCAAAAUUAUCAUGUGAUCACUUCCAGGUGUAAAUGGGAUGGAUGUUAACCAGAUGUCAGUGUGUGUGUCUACAUGUUGCCUUUUGUUGACAUAUAUAUAUAAUGUAAAGCUGUGCUUUAAAUUACUUCCUUUCUAGAAAAUUGUUACCUUUGUUUCCUUUUAGCACUGUCUUUAUGCUGCUAGAUGAUUUUGUAAAUGGUUUUGUUGCUUUAGAUUUCCUAAUCAUUCUUAACAGUUCAUUUUAUGCUCAAGAGCCUUGGUGAAAUCAAAUAGAGUGCUGUCCAUCCACUGUUAAUAUAUCAUGUUUACAACAACUGCUCUACUGGGGAGAUUUCACUAGCACAUUGUGUUGAUGUCAUUGGUACAUUGUGUUGAUGUCAUUGGUACAGUAUAAUGAUGUCAUUGGUACAGUAUAAUGAUGUCAUUGGUACAGUAUAAUGAUGUCAUUGGUAGUGUUAUGAUGUUAUUGGCACAGUGUGAUGUCAUUGGUAGUGUUAUGAUGUUAUUGGCACAGUGUGAUGAUGUCAUUGGUACAUUGUGUUGAUGUCAUUGGUACAGUAUGAUGUCAUUAGCACAUACGGAUGAUGUCAUUUGAACGUUGUGAUGUCAUUAGACCAUUGUGAUAAUACCAGUUGCACAUUGUGGUCAUGUAAUUAGCACAUUGUGAUGUCAUUGUCAUAUUGUGAGGAUGUCAUUGUCACAUUGUGAGGGUGUCAUUAGCACAUUGUGAUGUUUUCUCAUUGCUAAUGCUCAUUCUGUACCCCCCUCCCCACAAAUUGGCACAAAGUGUUUUAAUCAUGAUCACAUUGUUUACAUUCGGUAUUCAUUAAAGUGAAGUACCAAGUGAGAAAGUAUUAAUUCCUUGUUUUUGUAAAGCAGCUAUAGAACCAUACAGAACCGUAAGUGAUUCUGAUUGUAAACAGGAGCGGCAUAAGCUUUAAUUUUGUUGAUGAUUACAAUUGGAAAUUCACUACUGAAUGACUUUUUAACUUUCAAUCUAUUAAGUGCUCAUAUCCUUACAAGGAUGUGUACAGCUGUAGAGGGAACUCUACACAAUUCUCAAUAUUGUUAGCACUCCGAGCACUUAAUAAGUUGAAUAUAGUAAUGUAUUCCUUGAUUUUCUUCUUUAAUUUUGAAAUGUUUAAAUUUUUUGAUUGUUAUUAAUUUCCAUUUUAUGUAGAAAUCAUCAUUAUAUAAGGUUCCGAUUGAGGUGAACGUGUUCAAGAUUACAAAUCAAAAUUGUAUUAAAAUGAAUAGCUGAAUUCUGUUUUUCUCAUUUAUCUUCAGUAUGUUGGCCAUGCUAUACAUACCUGGUGGAGGUACAUACAUUACAGUGAUAUACAGAGGACUUGAACAGUAACUGACCUGACAAAAUCAAUAUGGCAUUAAAAACAACGGAUAUUCAGCCUCGAUGGCAAUGUGGAAAACAAGAUUUUGAAAAUAGUUUACGUAAUUCUUCAAAUUGUUUCCAUUUCUUGUGACAUUUAUUUAACUCGUUCCAAAGCUUUCUAAGCCCAACAGAGCUUCAAUAAAGUGGAUAUAUCUAAGACUUGUUUAAUAAAUCUCAUAUAAAAUUGAAACAAAUCAAAGAUUAGUCAAGAAUAUAUGGUAUUUCAUGAUGAUUAGGUGGCAAAGUGGAAGGCGCGAUUGCUAUUCACAAAGAAGGUUCAUUCCCUAUUGGAAAGGGUAUGGGUCACUUAUUUACCUGUCCGACCCUGCAGGUUUUCUCUGUGUACACCGAUUUCCUCCCGAAAGCCUCUAGAGUUACUGUAUUACAUUACGAAACAUAAUUUUGUAUUAUUGUUGGCUGUAAGUGGUUUAUAUUUACUCUGCUAUGUUACAGUAAGGAAAAACACAACACAUUUUUUAAGUUCAGUCAUAAGCACGAGCUUUAUUGACAGUCGUCAAACAGGUAGUAUCUUUGUAGAAAUAUUAUAUGCCUUUAAAUGAAUAAAUUAUACACCUAAAAAUAGAAUCACUCUUUUGAUGUAGAUAAAAUAUAUACACAACAAGUAAGAUAAAUGUUGCCAGCUGGCCACCAGUGCCAGAUUUGGAUGGCUGACACAAAAUGGAUCACAAGUGUCAUAUAUCUAGGAUGGCAGACACCCAGCAUGCCACCAGUGUCAGAUCUAGGAUGGCAGACACCCGGCACGCCACCAGUGUUAGAUCUAGAAUGGCAGACACCCAGUGUGUCACCAGUGUCAUACAUAGGAUGGCAAACACCCGGCACGCCACCAGUGUUAGAUCUAGAAUGGCAGACACCCAGUUGGCCACCAGUGUUAGAUCUAGGAUGGCAGACACCCAGCAUGCCACCAGUGUUAGAUCUAGGAUGGCAGACACCCAGUGUCAUACAUAGGAUGGCAGACACCAGGCACACCACCAGUGUUAGAUCUAGGAUGGUAGACACCCAGUGGGCCACCAGUGUUAGAUCUAAGAUGGCAGACACCCAGCAUGCCACCAGUGUCAGAUCUCGGAUGGCUGACAUCCUGCUCGCCAUCAGUGCCAGUUUAAGAUGGGGGUCGGCCACCAGUGUCAUAUCUAGGUUGGCAGAUGUUCAUUACAGGCUCAAUGUUACCACGGUGAUUGCCAUCCAUCUACAGAAGAUGUUCAGCUAUGCUAAUUUUACUGUCCCAGACUUUUUCUACGACACACCAAAAGUUAAGUUACAGAAUAAUGAUACAUCAAUACUUAGAUAUAUUUUUAUAGGUAGAUAUUGACAGCAUUUAGACUGUGAUGUUAUUUUUUAAAAAUCUGUUGGCAAAUAUUUAUUUUUUAAAUAGCUGGACGAUGAAGCUGAACAUCUUCCUCUGAUAACAAAAUAUACCAAUAGAUAGCACUAAUGAAUUGUAUAAAAUCAACAAUUCUAAGGACAAGUCAUACAAAUAGAGAAACAAUAUAAUAAUAACAAAUUGAGCAUACAUUCAUACAAAGCUUGUCCCUAUAGUAACCAGGUGAUUGUAAUAAUGAUUAAGAUAUAAUCUGGUGAUAACAGGUGUUGGCACAUUGCUCAGUAAUCUACACACAUUAUAACGCUCAGAAAUCUACACACAUUAUAACAAUCAGAAAUUAAUGGGAAAAUGGAAAUUAUUGCAUUUUGAUUUUCUUUCUGAUUAAAAUUGUCUAGCCAGGUAUGUCAAGGAUUCACAAUAACUUAGGAUUAGAUCAUGAACAAGCAUCUAGACAUCAACUAUCACAGUGUCAUAACAUGAACAUCAACGGGUCGUUAAUUUUGGCAAUUUGUCUACCGGGUUGGCAGGCAUGGUUACACAAA